AUGGUCAACUCCUGCUGCUGUGCUCCCACCUGCUGCCAGCCAACAUGCUGCAGAACAGUCUGCUGGAAAACAACUUGUUGUAAGCCAACCUGCUGUGAGCCCAGCUGCUGCCAACCUUGCUGUCAGCCAUCCUGCUGUGAGUCCAUCUGCUGCCAGCCUACAUGUUGUAGGACAAUUUGCUGUAGAACAACUUGUUGUCAGCCAACUUGUUGUGUGCCCAACUGCUGCCAUCCCACCACCUGUGGUUCUAGCUGCUGCACACCUUGCUGCCAGCCAACCUGUUGUAGAACUGUCUGCUGCCAAACAACUUGUUGUAAGCCAUCCUGCUGUGAGUCCAGCUGCUGCCAGCCUUCCUGCUGUCAGCCAACUUGCUGUAAAACAAUCUGCUACCAGUCACCGUGCUGUAAACCCACCUGUUGUGGGUCCAGCUGCUGCCACCCACCCUGCUGUUGA